GAACUACAAAACAAGAAUUAGUUUCCUUCAUUUUGAUUGUCUAUGCUCCAUACUGUUUUUUCAUUCUUGAUUAAGGGAUGCAGGAGGUGAACUGAGAGGCAGACGUCCUCGCUUUUUCGAGUUCAAAAUUAAUUAUAUGGAGCAAAUCUUCACCUCUCUUUACUUAUUUCCACUUAUUACCCUCCUUUUCAUCCUUCUUUCCUCACUCUACUUCACACAUAACCACCUUACCAAGUCCAAAAAACAACCUAAUGUUGGCUUCAAAACAUACCCUUUCUUAGGCACACUCCCAACAUUUCUAGCCAACCGUCACCGCUACUUCGACUGGAUCACCGAGGUUCUCUCCCCAAUCCCAACCCACACAACGUUUCGCCCUGGCCGAGUCCAAGGCAUCAUCACAGCCUACCCUCCCAACGUCGAACACUUCCUCAAAACUCGAUUCGAAAACUACCCGAAAGGCCCGGGCGUUUUAUCUCUCCUGCAUGACUUCCUCGGCACCGGCAUCUUAAACUCCGACGACCAACAUUGGCGCAUGCAACGUAAGACUGCUAGCUUUGAGUUCAACAAACGUUCCCUUAAGAACUUUGUCUUAGAUAGUAUUAAGUGUGAAAUAACAAACCGGCUUUUACCUCUUUUAAAAAAUGCUUCCGGUUCGAACCGGAUUUUGGACUUGCAAGAUAUUUUUGAGCGGUUCGCUUUUGAUAAUGUUUGUAAGUUGGCAUUUAAUUUUGACCCGGGUUGCUUGACGGGUCAUGGGUCGGGUGAGUCCGAAUUCAUGCGGGUUUUCGAAGACGCCGCCGCGCUUACGGCGGGGCGGUUCUUGUACGUGUUUCCUACGCUAUGGAAGAUCAAGAAGUUGUUUAACGUAGGGUCGGAGAAAAGAUUAAGGGAGUCAAUUAAGAGUGUUCAUAAAUUUGCUGAUAAGAUCAUAAAAACAAGGUUAGAGGAAAUGUCACGUAAUAAUAAUAGUGAUACUAAGUUAAAUUACCAAGAUUUGUUGUCACGUUUCAUUGUUGCGGAUGAAAGUAGUACACAAGAUUGUAAUUUUUUAAGGGAUGUUGUGAUAAGUUUUAUUCUUGCUGGAAAGGAUACGACAUCCUCAGGGUUAAGUUGGUUUUUUUGGUUGUUAGCUAAAAAUCCGGAAGUUCUAACAAAGAUUCAAUCUGAAGUGGGUGAGGUUCGAAGUAGAGCUGGUAAACAGAUCGGAGAUACGUAUGAUUUUGAUGAAUUAAAAGAGAUGAAUUAUUUACACGGGGCUAUAUCUGAGAGUUUACGAUUAUACCCUCCUGUACCGGUAGAUACGAGGGCAUGUUUGGAUGACGAUAUUUUACCUAGUGGAAUAGAGAUUAAGAAAGGUUGGUUUGUUACAUAUUAUACGUAUGCUAUGGGGAGAAUGGAAAGUAUAUGGGGUAAGGAUUGCUUGGAGUUUCGACCCGAAAGAUGGAUCGAUCAAAACGGGUUGUAUAAGCCGGAUAACCCGUUUAGGUUCCCGGUUUUUCAUGCGGGUCCAAGGAUAUGUUUAGGUAAGGAAAUGGCGUAUUUACAAAUGAAGUCCAUAGUAGCUUGUGUGGUGGAACAAUUUGAUGUAGAUGUGAUAGAAAAAGAAAAGUGUCCAGAAUAUAUGUUGUCCUUGACUUUAAGGAUGAAGAAUGGACUCCCUGUGAGAGUGAAGGCACAGGAAUCAUAAAUGAACUAAAUGCCUUGAAGAAUUAUGAUCAAUUGAUUAGAGAUUUUUCUACAUGUGUAUUUUUAUUUCAUUUUUGAUAUGAGGAGGUUAUAUGAUUAUUUGUACCAUGAAGUUAUGGGUUUUAAAGUUACUUCUUUAAAAAACUUUUCACUUCUACGAUAGAUAUUUGAUUAUGUAUUGAUAAUAAGUUACUAGUUUUUAUGUUUAUGUUUCCAAUAAACUUCAUUCUCUUUCUAAUGGAGAAUUUUUCUA